CUACUAUCAGAAACUCAAUGUAGAGCGAAGAGUAGUCACAUCACUUUACCGCCAUUGUAUAUUUACGAUUUUUACGAAAUUGUUACACAAGUGCUCGGAUUCCUUCCAGGCCGUCUAAAUAAGCGACAAGAUAUGGCGAGCCCGGUCAUAAUUUCAGCCACGGCGAAACACACAGCUACGAUAAUAUUUUUCCACGGCUUAGGCGAUACAGGACAUGGCUGGGCUAGUUCCAUGGCUGCUGUGCGGUCUUCACACAUUAAAGUUAUUUGUCCUACUGCACCUACAAUGCCGGUGACACUUAAUGCAGGGUUUCGAAUGCCUUCCUGGUUCGAUCUACGAUCUCUGGACUCCACCGGCCCAGAAGAUGAAGAAGGUAUACGUAGAGCUGCCGCAAUGGUACACUCAUUAAUAGCGGAGGAAGUCGCAGCAGGGAUACCUACAAAACGCAUUGUUCUCGGUGGAUUUAGUCAAGGUGGAGCGCUAGCUAUGUUCAGUUCCCUUACAUUCCCAGAGCCUAUAGCUGGUAUCAUAGCUAUGUCUUCAUGGCUUCCGUUACAUAAUAAAUUUCCAGCGGAAGCGAUAGGCAAUAAGGAUACACCGUUGCUACAGUGUCACGGCAAUUGCGAUCCAAUCGUGCCGUACAGGUGGGGUCAAAUGACAGCAUCUCUUCUAAAACAAUUCAUGACGCAGGCAGAAUUUAAGACUUACAAUGGCAUGAUGCAUACGUCUUGUGAGGAGGAGAUGCACGACGUGAAGAGAUUUAUCGAGAAGGUCCUGAAGCCGUAAUGAAUCGAAUUAAAGUCGCGCGUCGAUCACUUCAAUGAUUACUCUGAGCGUUUAUUAAUAUGUACAUUAACGAGAUGAUUCCAAUUUUUGCGAUUAUUUAAUUAUAGCGACGUGAACUUUUAAAGGCGUUAAGUAGAAAAGAAAAAUCGUUAAAAUCUUCCGAGACGAGAUGCAGUGCUAGAGAGUAUACUUUUUAGAAAGGUCUAUUUAUUUACCAGCUUUAUGAUUUAUCUUUCUUGUACCUACAUAUCUUUCCAAACCUUUCAAUACUUCGAUGUACCAAAGUAUUCGCGUAGCAAUACGAAUUAAUCUUACGGUUCGCAGUCCUUUUCGUACGCCUGUGUAAUUUAUCGGUAUUCCUUUUUCAUUUUGGUAUUUAUGGUAUCUAUUAUGGCGUCACAUGUGACAUAUGCCGCAGUACAAGAAUACGAGCACUAUAUUUAUUUAUAAGGCUCUCGCACGCUAACAUGUAAAUUCAUAAUAAUGUGCGAAUAAUUUUUUUUCACAUUAUUCUCCAAGAUCAUCACGAUGAUAAUAAAUUUAUAAGUGUAAUUUGUGUUAAACAUAAGAUGUACUGUUAAGUGAAAUUUCCGUUCUUUUUGUAUUGCAAAUCUUAUUCGAAAGCAAACUGAGUUCGCAUGAAGAAUUGAAUUACAAAUUAUAUUCUACUGCGAGCAUUUAAAUAUCCGAUUGUAUAUUAUUUAUAUUUCAAUAUGAGGCUUACGUAACGCGUAAAAUACUGCUGCUGAUAACUUUUGUAGCGAGUAUUGUCUAGUGGACAGUAACACGGCCAUGUAAUCUAUGAUUACGCAUUAUAUCGUCGAGACCCACCAAAAUAUUGUUUAUAUUCAACAUAACUGGUAGAUCAGGGUUUCCUAAACCACACAUCGUUCGCAAGUCCUCUGAAAAAGACACACGGAUUCUCAAGGAACACACUACUAUAUUUGCACAGCUUCCUUAGAGUCACGUAUAAAGCGAGAUAUAAUUUUUCACGGGAAUAGUAUUGAUUAUAAAGAAUACACAGAAGAUACGUUCUGUCAAGAAAUUGCUAUUAGAGAAGUCGGUUUUUGUCAAUCUUAAGUUUGGGGAAUCCUGUGAUGCAUAUUCAUUAUAAAAAGUACACCAGAUAUGGUAUUAAUACAUUGUACAAGUACGUUAAUGUAUAUAAAAGAAAAUAAUGACUUUGCUGAUUUUCUUAUCGGUACUAACCAUUAUUUAGUAGACAAAUAAAUGAAGAACAAUAAGCUCAAAAUA